CCAAAAUCUAGUAAAAACAAGCUUUAAUUAAUAGUUGCUAAAACGGAAGAUGGGAAAUUUGAGAAAAGGAUCUCAAUACAACCAGAAAAAAACAUCAAGAAAAAAGCCAAGGCGAAAACCGAUUCGUUUGACGGGUGUAAGCCAGCAACGGAGGAAAGCAAACGAGCGCGAACGACGGAGAGUGCAGACUUUAAACUCCCGUAUCGAGAUUCUACGAGAUCAUAUUCCGCUGCCGCCACUAGGAAAACGACCAACGAACACCGAGGUGAUAUGGAUGGCAGCCACUUACAUUGAAUUUCUCACGGAGUUGCUUAAGAAGAGUGAGAAACCCAGUGAGUUCCCAUUGAAAACGUUUUCCGCGGAGGAACAGAGCGUGUCGCAAGGUCUGGAUGCCGCCUUAGAUGCUACAGGUCAGAAUCGUGCUAAAACUUUAAUACAAAAUAUAUUCAUCGGUUUCGAUUUUGUAAAUUUAAUCGGUUUCAUAAUUUUUUUUUUCCAGCGCCGGAUCUUUUUUGUCUUGCUGAAGGCUGUUCUCCCAUAUCCGAGUUAGAUCCCAAGGAAUUAUUUUUACUCACAGGUAUGCUAUGA